AUGAGUGAGAGAGAGAAAGGUGAUCAUGGGAAGAAUCCUGGCAAAUCAAGUGAAGAACUUGACAUUCUUCAAAGAAGUAAUAAGAGGAAUAAAUGUGAGGGAGAUCAGUUUUCAAAUGAUGUAUCUAUGAUAUCUAGACAUGAAGGUUGGAUGGAAGAUGAGAAUGGCCAACGUUCAACCUGGAGGGAAAUUCUGAUGCGUCAUAAUGGAGAAGAUGAUGAAUGGGAAGGAGAGGCGUCUGCUGAAGAAGACUUUGAUGGGGAGGAACCUGCUGAGGAAGAGGAUGUCAACCAUGGAGGAAUUAAGAUGUGGGAGGAAGAUGAUGGGUGUACUUAUUUUAGUUGCACCAAAAGAGCAAGGAAGAGAAUGAGGAAACCUUGGGAGAAAGCUCUGAUUGUUAAACUCCUUGGGAAGAAAAUUGGGGUGGAGUUUAUGAAGAAAAAAAUAAAUGUCUUAUGGGCUAGAAAAGGCAAAAUCAAUGUCACUGAUAUUGGUAAUGACUUUUUCGUAGUCCAGUUUAGUGAGAAGGAUGAUCUCAAUUUUGCUUUGAACGGUGGUCCAUGGAUUGUUUUGGGUCAUUAUUUAUCGUUGAGGAAGUGGGAACCAACUUUCAGACCUAAUAGUGCUGGAAUUGCUAAGAUUGCUGCUUGGAUUCGGUUACCGGAUAUUCCCAUUGAAUUCUAUGAUGAAGCUUUUUUUAGAAGGAUUGGAAACUGGUUAGGCAAGAUGAUCAAGGUAGACAGCAAUACAAAUGCUCCUGUAAGAGGACGGUUUGCAACAAUAUGUGUGGAACUGGACCUAUCUCAGCCAUUAAAGGGUGAUUAUGUGCUGGAAGGAUUUACCAAACAAAUUGAGUAUGAAGGAUUAGGACUCAUUUGUUUUGGUUGUGGGAAAUAUGGACAUAGCACCGAGAAUUGUUCAGCUGCUCCAAAGCAACUCAGUUCAUCCGAUAUUCAUAAUGACGAUCAAAUUCAUCAAGAGGAACCUGGCAACUCAGAAUUCCAUCGAAGCAAAGGAUUGGGACCUUGGAUGGUUGUUAAUCGUCAACGCAGGAGCCGGCAUCCUCCUCAAACGGCCGGUGCAGUCCAGCCAGGCGCUGUUGGACCUAUUAAUGAGGAGGAUCAUAAUCAAAUAAUUAAUUCUGUUACUCCUCAUAUGGGGGCCCCUCAGUUUGAAAUUCCUCAGAAAAUAUGGACUAAAUCUAAAAAGUCCAAAGAUACCCCUAGGACUAAAUCAACGGUUCCUACUAUGCAUGCGGCUCCUUCUUCAAGCACGGGUAAGAGGUGUCCAGUCCAGAGUGAAAAUCGUGAAGAUCAUACUCCCGUUCCACCAUCUCCAUCAAUUGCUACUCCCAUGGCGGUUAGUCCUAUGCAAGCAAAUCAACAUGAUCAGGAAAAUAGGAUGAAAGCAGAUAGCACUUUGAACCAGAAUCAAGAGCAGUUAUAUGGCACAUUUCAUAAAACUAGUCCUGAUAUAUCAGUUGACAACAGCAGCGACAUCCAAAAUCCUGAAACCUCAACCAUCUCUACGUGCAUGGAGGUGGACAGAGUUCACCAGGAAGAUAUUUCAAGAAUGAAGGAUGCAAGAGCCUUGGAGGGAGCAGUGAAACCCCAGUUUCAAAAAUCGCUUUUUCUGUUUACUAGGAAAUAUAAGCCUAGUAUUGUAGUGAUUCUAGAACCUCGGUGUAGUGGUCAAAAAGCUUCUGACAUUAUCCGAAAAUCUGGGUUUAAGCAUGCUUUUGUUCAAGAGGCAGAAGGUUACUCAGGGGGUAUUUGGAUCCUCUGGAAUGAUGAGACUGGUCUCAUUGAAAUUGUUAAUCACACAAAACAGUUUGUUCAUUUUAAAGUUCAGAAUUUCCAUGUUCCUUCCUUUUCUUGCACGGCAGUUUAUGCGAGUCCUAGGGAAGAAAAUAGAAAGGAGCUUUGGGAUGAUCUGCUAAACAUUAGUCUCCAUUGCAAUGGGCCGUGUUGGAAGACUACCUUUACUGAUGCUGGCGUUAAGGUACUUCCACGGAUUUAUUCUGAUCAUAGUCCCAUUUUGGUCUACUUGACUAACUUGGACACAGGUUGGAAAAAUCGUCCCUUUCGCUUUGAGAUUGCUUGGAUGGAGCAUUAUAACUUUACUCAGUUUCUGGCUAGGAGCUGGAAUGUUGUGAAAGACACUAGAACGAAUCUGCAUGAUCUGACUCCAAAUUUAAAAAGAUGGAACAAGGUAGUCUUUGGCAACAUUUUCAACAGGAAGACUAACCUAUUGCAUAGUAUUGCAGAAAUUCAGAAUCAUGUUGAUUAUCAUACCAACUUAUCUCUCCAAUCUAGAGAAAAGGAGGUUAGGAAGGACCUUGAUGCGGUUCUCAUACAAGAAGAGAUCUUAUGGUUUCAAAAAGCCAGGGAAGCUAGACAACUUCAUCAAUUGGUAACAGAUUUCUAUAGCAACUUGUUUAGUGAGGAAGUCCUUAAUCGUGAUUGGGUGAAAACAAAGACUACUUGGCCCCUUCUGCACGAUCAUCUGCUAUCUAAUCUGACUCGUAAUCUUUCGGAUGACGAAAUUUCAAAAGCUGUUUUUAGUAUCAACGGGUCAAAAGCUCCAGGGGAAGAUGGUUUUCCAGCUGCCUUUUUUCAUAAGAAUUGGAGUCUUAUUAAGACUAAUGUUAUUAAGGAUGUUAACAUGAUGUUUCAGAAUCCCAAUCUGAUUCACCUUGUGAACUCGACUCUUCUGGUCCUCAUUCCAAAA